AUGUUUCGAACUAUUUUAAUAGAGGAUAAUAUCAGUAUUUUGCCAACAAGCAAAGAUCACCUAACAUCCUUAUACAUGGCCACAAACAAAAAAUAUACCAAUAGAAUCAUACCUAACGAAGGCAUAGGUAUAAGAGUGAAAGAAAUAAAAAAAAUAAAUGGAAAAGAAUUGGUCGAGGGCUGCUACAUCAUCUAUUUGGAGUUCAUUCUCAUCACUUAUAAGCUCUUCAAGGAUGAAAUAGUCGAAGCUACCAUUAUCAAACAGGAUGAAAACGGAAUAUACUUGAUGCAUUCGAUUGUAAAUACGAUUCAUGUAAAAAUACUGUUUCCUGGAACGGUGAAAAAGUAUUUCGUGAUGAAGGACUCACCCGAAAAACAUAUGUGCUGGUGCUGGACAUAUAAAAACGACAAUUUUUAUUUCAAAAAUGGGCAAUUCGUGAGAUGCAAGAUUGUUCAUGUGUCGUAUACUCCUUUUUUGGUGGAGGCGCGAAUGGAUGAUAACGGGCUGGGCCCAAAGGAAUGGUGGUAAGGAUGGCCACCACAGCGGGGAACUUGGUAGAAGCGUUUACUAAAUUAAAACUGGU